GGCGGCGGCCGUCAGGGAGGCCUAGGCUCUGCCCGGCCGGCGCGCCUAAGCUGGGGAGGGAAGUUGCGGAGCCGCCGCUCCUCCCCCCCUCCUCGACCGGGCUUCCUAUUUACCGAAGCGGAGCCGCUGGCUGUGACGGCAGCAGAACCCCCUCGCCUCUUCGGGCGCACCGGUCGGCACUGUUCUCCCGCGCGGGGCUCCCGCGCCCGCCCGUGGGCCGUUGGGAGCGGGGGAGGCGGAGGCGGCCCGAGGCCAAAGCACCCGCCAGGCGCCGAGGGGAAUAUGAAACAGGUGUCAAAAUGACAUCCAGAUUUGGAAAAACUUACAGUAGGAAAGGAGGAAAUGGCAGUUCAAAAUUUGAUGAAGUUUUUUCCAACAAACGGACUACUCUUAGUACAAAAUGGGGAGAGACGACAUUUAUGGCUAAAUUAGGGCAGAAGAGGCCCAAUUUUAAACCAGAUAUCCAAGAAAUUCCGAAGAAACCUAAAGUAGAAGAAGAAGAUACUGGAGAUCCUUUUGGUUUUGAUAGUGAUGACGAGUCUCUACCUGUUUCUUCCAAAAAUUUACCCCAGGGUAAGGGCUCCUCUUACUCAGAAUCUAGUGAUGCUGCUCAGCUUGAAGAAGUCACUUCUGUACUUGAAGCUAAUAGCAAAUUUAGUCAUAUGGUGGGUGAAGACAGUUUUACUUCUGAUAGAUGCUUACUUAUGGAGGAUACUUUGAUUGGGAAAGAAAAGAACACAAAUAGAAUCUCGGAAGACCAUGGAAACAAAAGUAGUUGUGCUAAAUUAAUAACUUCAGAUAAAGUGGAGAAUUUUAGUGAAGAACAUGAAAAAAAUAGUCACCAUUUUCAUAAAAAUGCUGAAGAUAGUACUAAGAAACCCAACACAGAAACAGCAGUGGCUUCUGAAUAUAAAGCUGAUGAAAUUAAGGAAACAAAUGAUACUUGGAAUGUCCAGUCUGGGAAAAGGUCAGAGUCGCCGGCUGAAAGUUGCCCAGUCAAAGGAUCUGUAAGAACUGGUUUAUAUGAGUGGGAUAACGAUUUUGAAGAUAACAGAUCAGAAGACUGUAUUAUGAAUUUGGAUAGUGAUUCUCUUUUGGAGAUGAAGGAUGAGGAUUUAAAAAACCGAUUGGAAAAUAUAAAUGAAGCCAUUGAAGAAGAUAUUAUACAAAGUGUUCUUAGGCCCAGCAACUGUAGGACGUACUGUAGGGCCAAUAAAGCGAAAUCCUCACAGGGAGCAUCAAAUUUCGAUAAGCUAAUGGAUGGCACCAGUCAGGCUUUAGCCAAAGCAAACAGUGAAUCAAGUAAAGAUGGCCUGAAUCAGGCAAAGAAAGGCGGUGUAAGUUGUGGGACCAGUUUUAGAGGAACAGUCGGACGGACUAGAGAUUACACUGUUUUACAUCCAUCUUGCUUGUCAGUUUGUAAUGUUACCAUCCAGGAUACAAUGGAACGGAGUAUGGAUGAGUUCACGACAUCCACUCCUGCAGACUUAGGAGAGGCUGGCCGGCUCAGGAAAAAGGCAGACAUUGCGACUUCCAAGACCACUACUAGAUUUCGACCUAGUAAUACUAAAUCCAAAAAGGAUGUUAAGCUUGAAUUUUUUGGUUUUGAAGAUCAUGAUGAGACAGGAGGUGAUGAAGGUGGCUCUGGAAGUUCUAAUUACAAAAUUAAAUAUUUUGGCUUUGACGAUCUCAGUGAAAGUGAAGAUGAUGAUGAUGACGACUGUCAAAUGGAAAGAAAGACAAACAAAAAAAGAACUAAAACAACUCCGUCACUUUCCCUGCAGCCUCCCCCUGAAAGCAGCGACAAUUCCCAGGAUAGUCAGCCUAGUACUAAUAAUGCAGAAAACUUGGAUUUUGCAGAGGACUUGCCUGGUGUGCCUGAGAGUGUGAAGAAGCCCAUAAAUAAACAAGGAGAUAAAUCCAAGGAAAAUACCAGAAAGAUUUUUAGUGGCCCCAAACGGUCACCUACAAAAGCUGUAUAUAAUGCCAGGCAUUGGAAUCACCCAGACUCAGAAGAACUGCCUGGACCACCGGUAGUAAAACCUCAGAGUGUCACAGUGAGGCUGUCUUCAAAGGAACCAAAUCAAAAAGAUGAUGGAGUUUUUAAGGCUCCUGCACCACCACUCAAAGUGAUAAAAACUGUGACAAUACCUACUCAGCCCUACCAAGAUAUAGUUACUGCACUGAAAUGCAGAAAAGAAGACAAAGAAUUAUAUACUGUUGUUCAGCACGUGAAGCACUUCAAUGAUGUGGUGGAAUUUGGUGAAAAUCAAGAGUUCACUGAUGACAUUGAAUACUUGUUAAGUGGCUUAAAGAGUACUCAGCCUCUAAACACACGUUGCCUUAGUGUUAUUAGCUUAGCUACUAAAUGUGCCAUGCCCAGUUUCCGAAUGCACCUGAGAGCACAUGGGAUGGUUGCAAUGGUCUUUAAAACCUUGGAUGAUUCCCAGCACCACCAGAAUUUGUCCCUCUGUACAGCUGCUCUCAUGUACAUAUUGAGUAGAGAUCGUUUGAACAUGGAUCUUGAUAGGGCCAGCCUAGAUCUCAUGAUUCGACUCUUGGAACUGGAACAAGAUGCUUCUUCAGCUAAGCUACUGAAUGAAAAAGACAUGAACAAGAUCAAAGAAAAAAUCCGAAGACUCUGUGAAACUGUGCACAAUAAGCAUCUUGAUCUAGAAAAUAUAACGACUGGUCAUUUAGCUAUGGAGACAUUGCUGUCCCUCACUUCCAAGAGAGCAGGUGAUUGGUUUAAAGAAGAGCUCCGACUUCUGGGUGGUCUGGAUCAUAUUGUAGAUAAAGUAAAAGAGUGUGUGGAUCAUUUAAGUAGAGAUGAGGAUGAAGAGAAACUAGUAGCCUCUUUAUGGGGAGCAGAGAGAUGUUUACGAGUUUUAGAGAGUGUAACAGUGCAUAAUCCAGAGAAUCAAAGCUACUUGAUCGCAUAUAAAGAUUCACAACUCAUUAUUUCAUCAGCUAAAGCAUUACAGCAUUGUGAAGAACUGAUCCAGCAGUAUAACCGCGCUGAGAACAGCAUAUGCAUAGCAGACAGUAAACCUCUGCCUUACCAGAAUGUAACUAACCAUGUGGGCAAAGCAGUGGAGGACUGCAUGAGGGCUAUCAUUGGGGUGUUGCUCAAUUUAACUAAUGAUAAUGAGUGGGGCAGCACGAAGACAGGAGAACAAGAUGGACUCAUAGGCACAGCGAUGAGCUGUGUCCUUCAGGUCCCACAGUACCUACCUCAGGAGCAGAGAUUUGACAUUCGGGUGCUGGGAUUGGGUCUACUGAUAAAUUUGGUGGAGUAUAGUGCCCGGAAUCGACACUGCCUUGUCAACAUGGAAACAUCCUGUUCUUUCGAUUCCUCCUUCUCUAGUGGAGAAGGAGAUCAGAGUUUAAGGCUAGCUGGACAAGUUCAUGCCGUUCAGGCAUUAGUACAGCUAUUUCUUGAACGAGAGCGUGCAGCCCAGUUGGCAGAGAGUAAAACGGAUGAGUUGAUCAAAGAUGCUCCCACCACUCAGCAUGAUAAGAGUGGAGAAUGGCAAGAAACAAGUGGAGAAAUACAGUGGGUGUCAACUGAAAAGACUGAUGGUACAGAGGAAAAACAUAAGAAGGAGGAGGAUGACGAAGAACUUGACCUCAAUAAAGCCCUUCAACAUGCUGGCAAACACAUGGAGGAUUGCAUCGUGGCCUCCUACACAGCCCUGCUUCUUGGGUGUCUCUGCCAGGAAAGUCCUAUCAAUGUAACUACAGUGAGGGAAUACCUUCCCGAAGGAGAUUUCUCCAUAAUGACAGAGAUGCUUAAAAAAUUCUUAAGCUUCAUGAAUCUUACUUGUGCUGUUGGAACAACAGGCCAGAAGUCUAUCUCUAGAGUGAUCGAGUAUUUGGAACAUUGCUAGCUGCUUUACCUUUGCUUCAGGUGCUUGGUAAUGCUGGAGCUAUCCUUAGACAAAGAAAAGUCAUGAAAGAAGUCCUUGAAGAUAUACCAAGAACAUUCAUCAGUAUCAUUCGUGUUUGGAUUUUUAUGACCACCCGAUUUCUUCAUCAUGCAUUCUGCAUUUGCUAAAUGACAGUUACUACAUCAAUCUGCAGCUAUCAAAAAUGAGGGAAAAGGUUCAGGCUGUAACAAUCCCAUGCAGUAUUUAAAUACACUUACUUGGCAGAGUCUAUACCCUCCCCUAGUUGCCUUGCUUUAUUUUGGGCAAGGUUUAAAGGAGAAAACUUGUGCUGCUGUUAGUGCAACUGCUGUGUAUGUUGAGCCACUGUUGUCAUGCCAGUCAGGUGCAAAGGCAGCUUAGCUACUGAGGUAUUGAAUGUUCUGAGGACAUUCUAGACAACAGCUUAGUUCCUUUUUCAGGCUCAUUUGCUUUUGCUUUUUGUUGAAUGAUUCCAAUCGUAAAUAAAGCUUUUAAUAAUUUUGUGAA